AUGGAAUACGUUGCGGAACAGACUCAACCAGUUGGUCAAACAGUCCAGCAGCAAAACGCAAAUACUUACGGACAAAGUGUCCUACAACCGCAUCAUGACUUACAGCAGCGACAACAACAACAACAGCAGCGUCAACAUCAACAAAUGCUGACAUCCCAGUUGCCCCAGAAAUCUCUGGUGUCCAAAGGUAAAUAUACACUACAUGACUUCCAAAUUAUGAGGACGCUCGGUACUGGAUCUUUCGGUAGGGUUCAUUUGGUGCGCUCUGUCCACAAUGGUCGCUAUUAUGCUAUAAAAGUUUUAAAGAAGCAACAAGUUGUUAAGAUGAAGCAGGUUGAACAUACAAAUGACGAACGACGUAUGUUAAAACUUGUAGAGCAUCCGUUUUUGAUUAGAAUGUGGGGUACGUUUCAAGAUGCUAGGAAUAUCUUUAUGGUGAUGGAUUAUAUUGAAGGUGGUGAACUUUUCUCAUUACUGAGAAAGUCCCAAAGGUUCCCUAAUCCUGUAGCAAAAUUUUACGCUGCGGAAGUCAUACUGGCAUUGGAGUACUUACACGCUCAUAAUAUUAUCUACAGGGAUUUGAAGCCGGAAAAUAUCUUGUUGGAUAGAAACGGCCAUAUUAAAAUAACUGACUUUGGGUUCGCCAAGGAGGUGCAAACAGUCACUUGGACUCUUUGUGGGACUCCUGAUUAUAUUGCCCCGGAAGUUAUUACCACAAAGCCAUAUAAUAAAUCCGUGGAUUGGUGGUCUCUAGGUGUUCUAAUCUACGAAAUGUUAGCUGGUUACACACCCUUCUACGAUACUACGCCAAUGAAGACGUACGAAAAGAUUUUACAAGGUAAAGUAAUAUAUCCACCAUAUUUUCAUCCCGACGUCGUGGAUUUACUAAGCAAACUGAUCACUGCAGAUUUAACAAGAAGAAUUGGUAAUUUACAAAGCGGGUCCAGGGAUAUCAAAGCUCAUCCGUGGUUCAGUGAAGUUGUAUGGGAAAGGUUGUUAGCAAAGGACAUUGAAACUCCUUAUGAGCCUCCUAUCACAUCAGGUAUCGGUGAUACGUCUUUAUUCGAUCAGUAUCCUGAAGAACAGCUAGAUUAUGGUAUUCAAGGUGAUGAUCCAUAUGCUGAAUAUUUUCAAGAUUUCUAA